CGUCGCUGUUAUUGCAUGUUUGCUUAUCAUUGUAUGUAUUACCGUCUGUUGAAUCAAUCGUGAGUAGAAGAUUCUGGAAAAAUCGUGAAAAAUGGCACUUUCCAAACCAACUGAUUUCAUGUACAAACUUGUUGGCGCAUAUUUAGAACGACUUUACACUAAUCCUUUGAGAACGAAAGCAAUAACGAGUUGUAUCCUUUCUUCCCUUGCAAAUAUAUUAUCUCAGAAAUUGAGUGGGGCAAAGCGGAUUAAUAAAGAUAAUAUUAUUGCUUUUGCUCUAUUUGGCUUGCUCAUCGGUGGCCCAGUACCACAUUACUUUUACAUGUACAUAAACUUAUUUGUGAAAAAUCCAUUAGGGAUUUUUUUAAUAGAGAGGCUCAUUUAUAUGCCAUGUUUCCAGGCAUUGACACUCUAUACAUUAGCUCUCUUUGAGGGUAAAUCACAUAAAGAAGCAUGCAAACAAACAGAAAAACUAUAUUUGCCAAUGGUGAUAAGUAAUCUGAGAUAUCUAACACUGUGGCAGUUCCUCAACAUAAAAUAUGUCCCACCAAUGCUAAGAGUCUUGGUGGUAAACUGCAUUGCUUUCACAUGGGUCAUUUAUUUUGCAAAUAAGAGAACCAACAUUCCAAAGAAGAAAGCUUAAGAAAAUAUAAUAUUUUAUGUGAUUUAUUACUGUUAUUAUAGAUAUUUUGUACAUCUUUAUGACGAUAUAGAAGCACGACACUUUUAUAUGUUAAAUAUGGCAAUUUUAUGUUACUUCAAAAAAAGGAAAUCCUGGAGAAAAGAUUAUUAUAUGUAAAUUUUAUUUAUAUAUGACCAUAUAUAAUUAUACAUGGCCAUACAUUAUUAUACAUGUCCAAACAAAAAAAUGAUUUUGUACAAAUACAACUGAAUAUAUCAUUUUCUUUUCACAUUGACAUGUAUAAUUAUAUAUGGUUAUAUUACUAUAUAAGGAUGAAAUUCAUGUGAGUCACAUAUAUAUAAUUAUAUAUAAUAUAUAAUCACUUUUCUCUCCGGGAUAUUCUGUACAAAUAUUUUGGGAGUACUCAUUCUAUUUGUAUGAAACCAAAAAAAAACGAUACAUUCCAUUGUUGUGAUUUGUUAAAGUAUUUUGUAGAAAAUGUUAAAAUGUGAAAUAUGUAUGUACGGGUUUAUAAUAUGUCAGAGUUAUAUAUAUCUGUAAU